UGUCCGUGUUUACUGCCAUUGUAAAUGGACAAAACGAGUUAAAACUUACAGAGCAUGAACAAUUUUUAAAUGACUUAGAUGCGGCAUGACACCAGGUCAUUUUAUAUGGUCGGCGGUUAUAGUAAUGCACACAUAAACUAACCUUAAGUCUUGCAUGAAACCAUAUCUACUUUAGUCUACAUUGGAGCUGUAACGGUUGAUGGAUUAUACAAAUAGAGAUUCGUACAAACUAUCAUCCAGAGGACCGGAGGUUGAAGAAGGUAAAAUGACGGCUAAAAGGGAGUUUUGUUGCGCGCAGUUAUUCGGAGCAUUGUUGUUUUGUGUUGGACUUGUCGCAGGCAUACUGAUAGGAAUAUAUGUGUAUCACGGUGGUCCGGAUGCUGAAGUUACAUGCAAGAAUCUUCCCGAUUCAAUGAUGGGAGGACAAACAACACCAAGACCUACAGCAAAGCCUACGACAAUGUCACCGCAAGUUACUACCACUGAUAAAGUUCAACCUUCAGAUGACUGCAAGAAAUGUAAAAGCCGCCAAGCGCGUAUGGAAUGGGAUGGCUCCGAUCCUGAAAUAUUUUCACCUCUCACAUCAGAGGAAAUGUUGAAAAUAUAUAAUUUCUUGGUAGACAACAACUACGUAUAUAAACGUAACGUUAGCGAAGAAAGUGUAUCUUUAAAGACCAAUUAUGUACCUUACAUGUACAUAAAUCCUCCGAAAAAGAGCGAGGUGCUGGCAUAUAAGAAAGGAACUGGACCCUAUCCAGGGAGGUACGCCAGGGUACAUGUUGUAAGAGGCGACCGAACCAUUCCGGAUUAUAUGGAAUAUAAAAUUGGUCCACUCCAAGCACAAACAAUGACAAUAGAGCAGCUGUUUGCAGACGGAGAGCUUGGCUUUAACAGUCGACCAUAUGACUAUGUUGAAACAGCCGUUUAUGACAAAAUCCUGAUACCAGAAUUCGAAAUACUCGCCCCUUUGACUAAAGAAAGCUUUGACGGAGCCUAUUACCCUAAAGAAGGAAAUGACUUCUCGUUCUGGUAUUUCAAUGGUCCGCCUGGUGAUAAAGGUGAUGAAAGGGAAACAAGGCUUGUAUCAUAUCUAAACCCACUUGCACCCAAUGGUUAUGACUUUUUAGAAUUGGAUUUUCUUCCACUAACUGCCACAAUUCAUUGUCCUGGAAAUGAUUUUGAUAGUUGGUACGUCUAUGAUUAUUAUUAUCUGAACCAAGGACCUUUCGCGAAUGCUUCUGCACUUAUGAAUGCAUAUAACAGCGGAUCCAAAAGGAAAUUUGCUCUACCAGCUGGUUACAGGAAAACCAUUUUGGAUCGCCAUCUACCAGAUAGAGAUAGUAAUGAACCUUUUAGGAGAUAUUCGAACAUGCCAGCACCACGAACAUACGAACCGGAAGGUCCGCGUUACUCUAUCAAAGGUCAUCAAGUUGAAUGGAUGGAUUGGCAAUUUGCUGUAACGUCUGGUCAAUUACGCGGACCAGCCCUGUAUGCGAUUUCUUUCAAAGAAAUGAGCAUUGCUUAUGAAUUAUCUCUGAAUGAAAUAGGUGUUAUAUAUGGAAGCGGUGCGUCUGCUCAAACUAAUGUCAUCUAUACUGAUUCUUCUUACGGGAUAGGAGAAUAUUACGGUGUUAUCCAGACGGUUGAUUGUCCUGAACACGCCACACUUUUGGAGACAAGUCACUGGGACGUUUAUCUGUCUGAGUCAGUUGUACACAAGUCGAUUUGCGUUUUCGAGGCCGACGGUGAAAAUGCACUUUGGAGACAUAAGGGAUGGGAUUUCGAGGGAGGACUUAGAAAUAACUAUCUUGUGGUUAGAGUUUCUGCUACUAUAGAUAAUUAUGAUUAUAUUGUUGAAUGGCAUUUUUACCUAGACGGAAAGAUUUACACAAUAGUAAGCGCUAGUGGGUACAUACAAGGAGCAUUUUGGGACAAUGAAAAUCCAUUUAUGGGUGCAGAUAAAAGCCGGGAUGCUUUCGGGUAUAAAGUCAAUACCAACACACAUGGACAAAUUCACGAUCAUAUGUUUGGUUUUAAAGUUGACCUUGAUAUUCUUGGAACGGACAAUACAAUGGAAGUUAUUCAUUGGAAAACGGCCGAUGUUUUAACUGCUUUACGAAGUCAGGUUCCCGAUGUAGAUACAGUACCACCAUAUUUCAAACAUAACAUAACAAGAUAUCUUCAGUAUGAGUACGUUGAAAAAGAAACUGCAAAUCGAAUUAAUUUAGAUGAGCCUAAGUUCUGGGUUGUUGUAAAUGAGAAUGAAAGGAAUAAAUGGGGUGCACAAAGAGGUUACCAGAUAAAACCUUUAGCGACAGCUGCACAGACAGUCACCGAUGCUCAUCCUGCAAUGCCAGCAUUAUCUUUUACAAAAUACCAUUGUACAGUUACAAAACGAAAAGAGUCUGAACAAACAUCAACCUCUUCAAGUGAUGUUAACAGGCUUGACAAACCCAUUGGAGAUCUUGAGAGAAUGUUAAACGACGAAGCUAUUCGUAACACAGAUAUUGUCAACUGGGUGUCUGUCGGCUUUCUCCAUUUACCAACAUCUGAGGAUUCUCCGAUGACAAAUAGAGUUGAGUCUGGUUUCAUGCUAAAACCUUUUAAUUUCUUUGACAAGACUGCUGUGUUUGAUUUGCAAGGAGUCCUAAAUACACGAGUAAAUUGGAGAACAGAAAGACCGCCACCACACGAGCCGUGUUUAGAGCGAAUGCCAUAGUAACAUAUCUAUAACACAAUUUAACAGCUCAAAUGUGAUCAGGCUCAAUAUAUAUGUAAAUAUACAGCAAUUUGUAAUUGCAGAUUGAUAUUUCUGUAACGAAAAUUACUUGAUUUCAAUAAUUGUUGUAUCUACAAAUAAUGGCAAAUUUGUGAAUAUUUUAUCAGAAUAUUAAAAAUGUAUGAAUGAGCAAAACAAUCAUCGUAGACAAUAGAAAGCAUAUUAUCUACAGAUAUCAUAUCAUUUCAAAGAUGAGACAGGUCAUUUUAAGAAAUCCAAUCAUUAUAAACAUUGAGAAACAUUAUGUGAAUAAUUCUCUGAAGGUCAUUUAAAAGAGUGAUAUAAAUUUUAUUUAUAUGAUAUUUACAUGACGUAUAACUGCAUGUGUGCAGUAGAUUUGACAACAUUACUUUUGUACAUGGCAUACACAGACUGACACUUAUUUCUUAAAAAGCAAAAAGAGGAAAAAGUCUCUUUAAUCACCUGGACCUGGUUGUUCAAAACACUGGUUAGUGAAACGGAUAAAAACAUUAUCCACUGGUUAGAAUUUGUCUGUUGGAUAAAUUCAGUUUCUCAAAAGUUAUUUAUUUCCGAUAACAAAAAAAACCCCUCUUUUUUCAAAUUUUGAAUUGAAAUUGCUUUCAAUAGCUAGGCAAUAUUUUAGCUAAGGAAAUGAGUACUGAUACUUGUAUGUUUUAUUGAAAAAAGAGAAAGUUAUGACUGUUUGACAGAACAACAACAACAACUCCGAAUUGAAUUGAAAAGUGGUUCCAAAAGCACCUUUUUAAAGAGAUGUUUAAUUUAAUUAUAUGUAUAGGAAAUUUUCUAGUUAAGAAAAACUAAAAAUAUAUGUGUAAGAAAAAUCUAGUAUCAAACAUGCUCAAAUGAUUUUUACUAUUUUAAUGAUGAUGGCUAACCACUGGUUAUGGGCAUUAUCCGGUGGUCAUAGGACUGGUUAAAGUUAACCACUGGAUAACUUAACACAUUUAUAUGUUACUUAAGUUUUGAGCAACAUAAUUUAUCCAACAGACAUCUUUUAGCCAGUGGAUAAUAAUUUUAUUGGUUAUCACCAACCAAUGUUUUGAACAACCGGGUCCAGAAGAUUUUUCUGAAAAAAGGCAGGCUUCAAAAAUAGUUUUUGUGAUAUAAGCCAUCAAUCUUUCUGAUUACAGUGCAGUAAACGCAACCGUUUCAUUAAAAUAGGAAUUGAAUAACUGUGACACGUUAAAGUGAUAUUUUACAAAGCAAAUGUAAUGCUGUUCUUUUUCAUUUCUUCAAUUGUGGUCUUAUUAACCCAUUGAAACUCUUUCUUUUACUUUGUUAUUAACAGUUGUGAUAAUGCAUGCAUAAAUUUGUGUUGUUUUUUUAACCAUAUAAAUUACUCAAGAAUACUAUUUUAUAUGAUUUUAAACAGAUUAAAUUAUAUUGAUAUAAGUU